GCAUCAUACAUGACCAACUCGCCCACCGUGAUCGUAUUGAUCGGCCUUCCCGCCAGAGGAAAGACUUACAUAUCUAAGAAGCUGACGCGCUACCUCAACUGGAUCGGGGUUCCCACGAAAGUGUUUAACCUGGGCGUUUACAGACGCGAGGCGGUACAGUCCUACAAGUCCUUCGACUUCUUCCGUCAUGAUAAUGAAGAGGCCAUGAAAAUCAGGAAACAGUGUGCCAUCGUGGCUCUAGAGGAUGUGAAGGGUUACCUGAACGAGGAGGGAGGGCAGAUCGCUGUUUUUGAUGCCACGAACACAACGAGAGAGAGACGAAACCUCAUCCUGGGUUUUGCGCAGGAGAACGCGUAUAAGGUGUUUUUUGUCGAGUCACUCUGUGACGACCCAGAAGUCAUUGCUGCCAACAUACUGGAUGUGAAGGUUUCCAGUCCGGAUUACCCUGAGAGACACAGAGAGAGCGUGAUGGAGGACUUCCUGAAGAGAAUCGAGUGCUACAAAGUCACAUAUCAGCCGUUAGAUCCUGAUGAACAUGACAAGGACCUGUCCUUCAUCCAGGUGAUUAACGUCGGUCAGCGUUUCCUGGUGAACAGAGUCCAGGAUUAUAUCCAGAGUAAGAUCGUCUACUACCUGAUGAAUAUUCACGUUCAGAAACACUCCAUCUACCUCUGCCGGCACGGGGAGAGCCAACACAACGUGCAGUGCUGCAUCGGCGGAGACUCUGAGCUCUCCUCCAGUGGGAAAGAGUUUUCUAAAGCCCUGCGCGUGUUCCUGGAAAACCAGAAGAUUCCAGACCUGAAGGUAUGGACCAGCCAGCUCAGACGCACUAUCCAGACUGCGGAGGAGUUGGCCGUCCCAUACGAGCAGUGGAAAAUACUCAACGAGAUCGACGCCGGCAUUUGUGAGGAAAUGACAUAUGAGAAGAUAAAAGAAACGUACCCGGAUGAAUAUUCUCUCAGAGAUCAGGACAAGUACCAUUACAGAUACCCAGGAGGAGAGUCGUAUCAGGACCUGGUGCAGCGCUUGGAGCCGGUUAUCAUGGAGCUGGAGAGACAAGGCAAUGUUCUGGUCAUCUGCCACCAGGCCGUCAUGCGCUGCCUCCUCGCCUACUUCCUGGACAAGAGUGCUGAUGAUUUGCCGUAUCUGAAGUGCCCCCUCCAUGCGGUUAUGAAACUGACACCAGUGGCUUACGGCUGUAAAGUUGACAAGUUUGACCUGAAAGUAGAAGCUGUAAACACACACCGGGACAGACCACUCGGAAGCACCAGACAAGAAUUGCCGCCCACUCUGCUGAGGAGAAACAGCUUUACGCCACUGUCUAGUCAGGAUCAAGUCAAACGACCUCGUCUCUUCAGCGUCGGCAACCCGCCCCGGAUAAGCAGCAUUCCUGCCGUGCCCUCCACACGACUCCCUCAGGCACAGGAGAAUGAGGAACUGAACGAGAGCCAGGAAGUACUGAACUGCUUCAGACCAGCAGACUCCAUCCAAGAGUGACAACACAAACCACAAGUUGUCUGACGGCCCUCACCAAUUAAACCAAACGCUUUCUGCAGACAUGAUUCAACUGUGUCUGACGCCCACUCAAAAUCAGCAGCAUAAACACUGCGUUACGUAACGCACAUGAGUGACAUCCAUCCAUCCUCCUCAACCUUCAUCCGUCGAGCGUUUGGAAGUACGGUAAAUCAACAUUAACAAUUAAUGCAAGGAAAAUUGACACAUAUUUAAUAGAUUGACAGCUUGUGGCACCAAUUAAACCACAGUUGAACUGAUUGAGUGGGCGUGUCUCGUGCCAGCCAAGCUGAUUGGCUCUCCAGGAUCAGAAUUCUUAAAGACACAGUGCACUUCCUGAAACUGAUCUAAAAGCGAAUGUUCAAGCACUCUUUUAGUUGUCGUAGCAUAUAUUUUGUCCCGUGGUCUUAAUAAUGCUUUAGUUAUAUGAUUGAUUGAGGCCAAAUUGGAUAAUUCUGUAAAUAUUUGUCGUGGUUUUAGCUGUUAAUUGUUUGUGCUGUCGUUAUUUCCUCGUAUAGACUCAUUCUGCUUUUUGAUGUUGUGCAGAAUGUUUUAUUGAAUAUAAUGAAUGUGAAACGAGGAAGGGUUUGUGAAAUUUACUAUGGUUUUUUUCUCCAAUGAAG